CCCCCCACCAGUUAGCGCUUUUUGCCCUACGUCACUUCCUCCCUCCUCUCUCUCGCUUCCAUCUUGCUCCCCGCAUGUGUCUGCUGUUAGUUUACAGAUGAAAGAAUCAAUUAUGAAUCAAGAAAAACUAGCUAAACUACAGGCACAAGUCCGCAUCGGCGGCAAGGGCAGUGCUCGCAGAAAGAAGAAGGUUGUACACAGAACGGCCACCGCAGAUGACAAGAAGCUUCAGUUCUCCUUGAAGAAACUUGGUGUCAACAACAUUUCUGGGAUUGAGGAGGUUAACAUGUUUACAAAUCAAGGAACAGUCAUCCACUUCAACAAUCCCAAAGUGCAGGCCUCCCUGGCAGCCAACACCUUCACCAUCACGGGCCACGCUGAGACCAAGCAGCUGACGGAGAUGCUGCCGGGCAUCCUGAACCAGCUGGGAGCCGACAGCCUGACGAGCCUCCGGAGACUCGCCGAGGCUCUGCCCAAACAGGCUUCAGAUGGAAGAGCGCCAAUUGCAACAGUAGAAGAAGAGGAUGAAGAUGAUGAUGUUCCAGACCUGGUGGAGAAUUUUGAUGAAGCAUCCAAGGAUGAAGCUAACUAGAGGAAACGGGACUCUGAAGUGUCAGAACUUGACAGGACCAUGUGAGGCUCAAGGUGUUUUUUUUGUUGUCUCUAUUAAAGUGGAAGGCUAACAGUUACAGUUCUGUCAACUUUUAGCAUUCUCUAAAAUGUAACACCUGAACAAAGUACUUGCCUACUCUGAAGUGCAAUAUUUUUGAGUCAUUUUUCUAAAUAGUACUCUUAAGUAUUAAAACCGGGGUGGGUAGCAGUAUUAAAGCGUUAAGGCAUUUUAGUCCUCAUUCCACUUCUUCUUUUCCAUCAGACUCUCCAGAUGCUUGUUGUGCUCUGUGGUCUAGUUAGUGAGAGAUUGUGUGUAAAAUGUUGUGUUUAAGGCUCCUGCUGUACAUCUUUUUCCUCUCUUAAUGAACCUUGAUCUUUGUGGCCUCGCUGAAACCAACAUAUCUGGAAUAAACAUGUGCUACUGUCAAAAGAAA